UUGUGAAUUUGUAAAAAGGUGUAGGUACCUAUAAAACUAAAAAAAUGGAAGACGUGACGAUGUGUGACGUUAAGAAGAGACAACGAGGUAAAAAUUUUACAGAACACGAAAAAGAGGUUUUAAUUGAUCUGAUUUUGCCUUAUAAAGCAAUUAUUGAAAAUGUAAAAACUGAUGCUGUGUGGAACAAUAAAAAAAAUGAGGCAUGGUCAGAAAUUGUUGUAGCAUACAAUGCAAAUCAAACGUCUGGUGUGAGAAAUAUAGCCCAAAUAAAACAUUUGUAUGAUACACAAAAAAGGGAAGCUAGAAAAGAAAAAAGUCAGUACAAGGUGCAGCAUUAUAAAACUGGAGGUGGUAAAAAUGCGUCAACAUUAUCAGAUGUUACACAAAAAGUAAUAGGUCUACUCGGUGACAGGAUGGAUCCACUUUUAAACAAUGUUGAUUGUGAUGCUGGCUAUAAUGCUAGUGAAGAUAUAACAUUUUUAAGUGGUGACCAAAUAAUUGUUGAAGAAAUUUCAGGGGAUGAAUUAAGUUUUCAUUGCUCAAGUAAGUAUAUUAUUAAUAAAAUAAAUUUAAUGCAUUAA